UAGAAGAAGCAGCAGCACAAGAUGGGAGUGUUUUCGUUUCUAGUGCAACAUUAUUUUUUCUUAUUAUUUUCGCGCUAAAUAGUUGCAAUUAAUUAUCCAAAAAACACUUCCAAACGUGUGCGCAAUACACUGCGUAUCGAAUUGCAAUAUUCGCUAUAGCGUAGCUGCGACGAAAGUGGGUGUAAACCGCAAACGAAAAUCUUUUUUUGCUACAACAACGACCUCCAAAUACAAAGUGGGAAAAAUCGAACUUUGUAUACGCGUGUGUGUGUAUGUGCGUGUGUGAGUUUAAAUGAGUUUUACUUAGGAAAAGAAAAGCAAAUGUGCAAAAAGCUGCCAAUAUAUAUAUGUAAAUGUAUAUAUGAAUGUAAAUCAAGUUGCAAUAAUGUGUAAAGUGCGCCUACGCAACAAGAAUCGAUAAUUUAAUAAACGACCAAGCAAAUAACAUCACUUCCUCCCCCCCCGCCCAUUGCACUGCCCAAGCUACUAAUCGGCUAGAAAAACAGCCAAAAUGGAGGAAGUGGAGGAGACAAGCGACAAUGGAUUCCCUUUGGGUUUCCCAGAUGUCGGCAACUGGAAUCGCACACACAAUGUGCCGCUGGAGAACAUGAAAAUCGAUGCACCCAUGAUAUGGCUGAUCUGCUCUUUGCUCACCACCAUCACCUGGGUCACCUACAACAACUUUUACAACUCCCGGCUCGUGGGCAUGCUCAUCACAAAGAUUGCGAAUCGUUGGUUUAUCAAGGGCGCCUACUUCAAGAUCGGUUCGGUAGCCCUCAAUCCGUUGGCUGGCAAGAUCAUGUUCCGGGAUUUUGUCUACAUUACCUUCGACUACACGAUGCGUGUGCAGGAUGGCUACUUUAUAUUCCGCUGGUGGCGCUCCUAUAUGCCCAAAGAUGUCUCAGAAGAUCUCUCGCACUCUGACACGCGUUUGUCGGUGCAGUUGAAUGGCUACGAACUGCACAUUUACAAUCGCUCAGAUCUCUAUGACAAACUGGAGAAGACCUUUGGCCUGGAGCCCUCGCUGCUCAUACCCAACGAUGUGCUGAGCACUGAGGAGCGCAAUAAACUGCGAGAGCACAACAUGAACAUGGAGAAUGCGCGGCAAAGUCAGCGAGUGAAUGCCGUAAAGAACUCUGAGGCCAUGCAGGCGACAACAUGGCGUGAUUUGAUACCUGUGAUCAAGAUUGACAUAAGCUCGGGUCGCUUUGUCUUUGGCAAUCGCCUUACGCCAACCACACUCUCCAUUUCCAUGGAGGAGGCUCACUGCACCUACAGCACGAAGCCAGCUGUCUGUCAGCUGGAUCACUUUAUGCACUUUGUAAAGGCGCGAGUGGAGAAUGCCAAGGUGCUCUUCUGUCCCAGUCCCAAGUACACGGGAUUGAUUGAUGAACCACCACGUUAUAUGGGCGAAGGUUUCGUGGUCAUGAUGUCCAAUCAAAUGGAUUUGUAUUUCUACAUGGAUGAGCCGGGCGUGGUGCCCGAAGUCCCCGUUCAAAUCGUGCUGGCGAACGGAGAUGUUGUGGAGCCCUCGCCACCGGUGUGGGGCAUCAAUGCGCACUGCCUGAAGGGCACGGACUUUAGCUAUGGUCCUUGGGCGGACAGACAGCGUGAUCAUUUGUACAGAUACUUUUAUCCAUCCGACUGGAAGGAGGCCGAAGUGACGCCCACACCACAGCCGGGCGAGUUGCGCAGCUAUCAAUCAUUCGAUGUGACGCUCUGCGUGCUGAACGAGGCCACCAUUGAUAUAUUGUUCUCCAAGGAGAAGGAGACGAAUGCCAUGCAUAUCAAUGUGGGACCCGCCUCGUAUGUGGAGGUGACAAUACCCUGGGUAACGUUAGCCGAUGGCUAUACGUCCAAAAUCCAGGGUCAACUGUUCCAUGUGGAGGCAACGACAUCGCUGCAGUUUCGCAGUUUGGCAGAGUUCGAAUCGCUGGAGUACAAGGUGCGCAUACAUUACCCAACCAAAUGGAAUGCACCGCAGGAUUGGAACAUUUCGCUCGCAGGCUGCAAGACGAGCGCGUUCAUUGUGUACAAACACAAGUGCUUCUUCCAGGAUCUCAUCGAAGAUUGGGCGAACAAGGCGCGACCCGAUAUACUCAGCUUUGUGCCAUACACGUGCAAUUUUAACAUACGACUGCAUGAGUUUGAGAUACUCAUGCUGUGCAAUGAAUACAAUUGGAUCGAUUGCAGCAGCGCCAAUCAGGAGAAUAAUCAUUUGGCAUUUUGUGGCGAUGUGUUUGAAAUGAGCUUUGCUCUGCCCUUCGAUGAUUUCCUGCCUAAGACUGUGACGCUCAAGUUCUGGAUCCAUGGCGAGGGUCUCGACUUGAGUCUGUACGUGCCCGAGGUCUCCUCGGUGCGUCCCAUUGUGCUAGCCAUAGACGAGAAUGCAAGACUGCUGACCCGCGAGGGCAAACUGAUACGACGUCCCGAGUUGUAUACGAAGAAGUGGCGCAAGAUUUGCCAGCGCAGCGCCGGCUGGAUCGAUUGCUGGGCGGUUCCAAUACUAGCGUUAUCCAUACAGUAUGUAUAUCACCCGGUGCCGCCCUUGGGGCCUGAUCCUCAGGCGGACAUCACGACGCCCGAGAAGGAGGAAAUAUUGCUCAGUCCGAUGCGCAUACCCAAGGUACGCAAGUCCCCAGUGAGCAAUAACUGGCAGCAAUCACUGCCUGAGCAGCACAUCAAGUUCGAUCCGGGCACGCUGCCAGCGGAUCAUGUGACCGUGGAGCUGGAGAUUGGCAGCUCGGUGCUGAUGGCCUAUGGCAAUGUGUUGCGCAACUUUAUCAGCCUCAAGGAGAACAUCUUUGGCGAGGAUCAGAACUUUACAGACAUGGAGCAAUCCAAUGUGAAUCUGAAGGAACCCAACGCCACACCCAAUCCCAAAGAUCAGCUGCUGGCCAAGGAGAAAGAGUUGGCCAACAAAUCCAUAUCGGAAACAACAGCUCCCGAGGAGAAGCGCAAACCCUUCGAUCCGCGUCUCUAUCGACCGCUGGAGGUAAUGGUCUCCGUUAUUGUGCACGACAUACAGGCACAUGUGAUGAAAAACUGCAAUCCGGAUGAUCCACCCUGCCCUGUGGUGCUCAUCGAACGCUUCGGCUUCGAGAUGAACAAGCGUUAUCAUGAGACAACGCUGCAGGUGCUCGUCAGUCCAUCGUAUCUGCUUACCUCGGAUACGUUGCAGCGACAGCGACGCGAUCAGCACAUUCAUCAGGGUCAUCUGAUGCUCUCGGCAGUCCAAGUGCGAGGUCACGCCAUGUUUAGUAAUGAGGGAUGUGCGCUCGAUGAGGAUACUUUAGAGUAUUCGUGGCUGGUAGAAGUGCAGCUGGGCAAGCUGACGGGAAAAUUAACGCUGCCCCAGCUGGUGAAUGUGGUCACUGGCCUGGAGACGCUCAUACUACUAGCCAUCGAUCCGGAGAACUGCCUUAAGUCACCGAAAACAGUGCGCAACUGCCAUCACGGAGUGCCCAGCAAUCUGUGCCCCCAAACCAAAGAAGAAAAUAAAUACAAAUGCCCCUCAUCCGAGGACAUUAAGUACAAGAUGACGCGUGUCUCUGUGGAUGCGGUGGAUGUUUAUUUGAUAGAAAGCGGGACGGCGUUGCAUGCUUGGAUCUCGCCCAUUCGACUGGCCAACUGCAAUCUGCACGGACAACGCGUCAAGUCGGGCAUAUCGGGUCUGCUGCCCUCCAUAUUGCUGCGUCUCUUUAUGCUGCACGCUGGCAAUGCGCCCAACAGCAGUUACAACACCAACACCACGGGCAGCAAUCGUUCUGGCAAGCUGCGUCGCGCUGAUCAGGAUUCACUGAAGUCACAGGAUGCGCCAAGCAGUUCCCACUAUGCACACAAGCCAACAAGCAAGCGCAGCUCGAAUUCGUUCUCACAGCGUCGCGAUUCACGCGAGGAAGGCACUCGCAGCAAGUUGCGUGACAAUUGCCCCGAUCCUCAUGCCGCCAAGCGCACGCCAGAAGUGGCUGAGCUCAGCGAGAAUUGGGUGGAAGUGGGCUGCACUUCAUUGGGUCCCAUACUACUCGAAGGCGCCUCUGCGCUGCCCAUACCCGAUCACGAGCUGCAUCUCGUGCAGCACAAUUUUCUGCGCGAACACGACGCCAAGUUCAAGCGCUUGUGGUUCCUGUGGUCCAACAAUGGCAGCGCUCUCAGCUCGAGCACGGAAAUCUCUCGUUGUGGCUGCAUUGGUGGCUGCGCCUUCUUUGGCAGCAAUCGCAAUGGACAGAAGUUCUUCAAGCCAACGGCGCAAGAUGUCAACGACAAUUACAACAUUGCGCGCUAUUUUAUUAUCAACAACAACAAGGACUUUGGCUUUGGCGAAAGCAUUCUGCAUCAGGGUCAACUGGUCUUCCACACUCCGCCCUACAGUCUGCACUGCGUCUCGCUCUACGACUCGGCGGACUUUAAUGGCAAGGGCAAGCUCUAUAGACCCGCUGUGGAGCUGCGCAAUGGCAGCCUAAAGAAAUCCGAACUCUGUGCCCUGCCUGAUGGCGCCAAGUUCAAGAUUGGCGGCGGAGUUAUAGAGAAACCAGAGUUGAGUAGCACUCGGAAUAAGUCGCGAGAAAGCAUUGGCUCGCCCAACACGCUGGAGCGACGCAGCAAGCGAUACACUUGCACCAGACAGACUUCUGUUGAGGUGCCUUAUGCACGCCUGUUGGACAGUCCUUCGAAGAAGCUGCAGCUGCAACAUGAUUCGGUUGAUGGUGGCAAUGCGAGCAGCCAUAGACGUGGCUCGGAUUCGCAUAGACUGCGCGUCUCGCCGCCCAAGACAAGCAUUUCGGACUCAAGACUGACGGGCGAGGUGGCCAUCGAUGAUGACCACGAGAUGCCCGAUGAAAUGUCGCACUCGGCGCCACAUUCACAUCCGCUGGAAUUUGAAAUCGCGGACAUUGCGUUGCAUGCUGGCGAUCAGCUGACUCGUGAGGUGCAGCGCACCAUAUCGCUCACAUCAGAGAAUCCAUCAGAGAUGUUCUUCUCCGCAGAGGAGGACAUAUCGAAUGUGAUGUCACAGCGCGGUUCAAUGAAACAGCGCAGCGGCAAUGGUUCCAUCAUAUUGUCGGGCAAGAAACGCUUCUCCUCGGACUUAAGCAUUGGCGCUCAGAACGAGAAUGGCAGCCACACGCUGCCCACAUAUCGCAGCGAUCUGGAGAUUCAUGCACCAGAGAGCAACAAGACGCUGCCAAAGCGGCCACAGAGCACCACAGAACUGAACGAAGACGCGAGACGCAUACAUGGUCUUGCCACACCAAUAAGAAAAAUAACAAAUAUCUCAUCACGACCCGAGUACCGACAUUUUGUUCACGAUGCGGAUUCGCGUGGUUCUUCUUCAGGCACACCAUCGUUGUCUUCCAACUCCUUCAUCUCUGCCAUGUCGUCGCAGGAAGAUGUGGCUUUGGUCAAUCUGCAUCAGCAGGUCAAUCGACCCAUCAUCGAUUCACCGCUGCUCAUGGCCAGCUACUUGAAUCACCUGUCGCAGGUGAAGUGCUUCAAUUGGAACGGCUGUUCAUUCCCUCUCGGUCCCGAUGUCUUCUCCACGCCUCUCUUCCAUGAGAACGAGGAUGGUGGACUCACGUACAUUGGCAGCAAAAUGUUGCCACACUUUGAUUUGUACUCGUGUUGGCGGGAGAUCAAAGUGGUGCCACGAUAUGAGAACAGCACGGGUAGCAACAGCUCGGCCACGUUUAUGGGUGGCCCCAAGUCGCAUCCCUGGGAUCCGAGUGUGCUGCUGAAGGAGGAGGAGUCGGAUAAGACCACAAAUGGCUUCGACGAUGGCGAAUUCAUGAGUCUGCAGGCAGAAGGCGGCGCCGCUUGCACCUCAGUGGUGGCCCGACUCAAGGGGCAGAUGAAUGUGUUCCUCACCCCGCUGCUUCUCGAGGGAUUGCAACGAAUGGUCGAGGCAGCCAUUCCGACCAUACAGUCGAUGCAUCUGCUCUCCGUGGUGAAUUUUAUACACGCCUCCUGCAUAGCCAAAGUGAAGAACGACAAUAUACUGAAGCGGGAUCAGAGUCUUAGCUAUUGGUCGCAAGUACACUCGAAUUCCAAGCGAUCGACGACUGAACGUCAUCUGCAAGGACCUGGCGAUUCCUUCUUGAGCGAUGUGUAUGAGGAGAGUAUUUCGACCAAGACCCAAGGACUGAUUGUACUGCCCAAGGUGAGCAUCACCAUGCUGCAGUCAUCGAUUGUGGAGGAGAUUAUCUCUGUAGCAGCGCUGGACAAUGUGCAGGAUUUGAGCUGCGUGUCGCUGCUGACGUUCUACAUGGAGGGCAUCUCCACGAAGUUCCAUCUGGGCAAAACCACACGUGCUUCCAUGCACAACGUCUACAUCCAGCAGGCGGUGCAAUCGGGCAGCAGUCAUAAGAAGGGCGGCAUCAUGAAAGGCACAAGAGCUCUGCUAGCACAUCUCUCUUCGCAGACGCGACCUGACAAUGUUCAAGGCGAACCUAUACUUAUUGAGACGUCAGAGAAGCAGCUGGAAGAACUUGUCAUCACACUGGAUAUUGGACGUGCGCAUGCGCAGCUGCGUCGCCUGAAGACCGAGGGCCAAUCGUGUGCCCCAGAGACGCCAGUGAUUGUGACUGCAAUUCCAGAGCACAAGAGCAAAGUGCUCUUCGAGUGCCUUAAGAUGCCCGAGAGCACGGGCAUCGAGAGCAUUGGCUACAUCAUGUUCGAGUGCGGUCUCGAAGGCGUGGGCAUGAAGAUCGUAAAGCGUUCGCACUUUGAAAAGUCGGAGAACAGCAAAGAGGAGCUGGCCGAGAUGACAGCUGGUGCUGAAGGAGUUACGGCAACUGGCGGUGGAUUCAAUCUCAACGAAUUGGUUGUGGCAUCGGGUAAUGCUGGCAAUGAAGCAGCUGCCACCUCAACAGAUGCCACGGGUGCCACAUCGAAGGCGGAAGCUGCCUGGCGCUUGAUUACCAAGAAGCCACCAACACCCAAGACUCCCAAAGAGAAAUUCCAGCAUACUCCCGAGGCUACAGAUAGCUCUGCACCAGGUACAGCGAAGCCACCACCCGAUGAGGAUGUGGAGAAAGGUGUAGGCUCCGGUGGACAGAAUUCUGGUGCCCAGAAGCCAAAUAGCGCUAGCAAAGAUGGUAAGGAUGGCUAUGACAAGGCGCUCUCGAAUGUUAAAGGCACCGACAAGACUUCUUCGUGUGUGAUUGAGCUGAAAUCGGUUUGGUUCAAUUUUGCGGCGCCUCCUUGCGUGCCCAUCACUCGCAAGAUUGACUUGACGCGACUCGAUUGGAAUUUGUUAAGCACAGCGUCGCCUGCAAUCACGGCAUGGAUGAAUCCUAGCAAUCGUUUGGCCAUUAAAAUUGUGGCGUUGCUGAAGGCUUUGCACACGCGACAAACCGCGGUGGCUGCUUGUCUCAUGGCCGAUGCCAUGGAGAACGAGAAGAUCAAGCGCAAUCCAAAGAUUAAGAAGAGUCGCUAUGCGAACAACUACACGCUGCUGUCGAAGACGCUGCAGGAGGAUCCCAGCUGUCAAUUGUGUUAUAUCAUGCAGAAGCUGGUGUUGGACGAUGGCGUGCAGCGAACCGAGCAGAUCUUCAAGCAUGGCGAGGUGCCGCACCUGAAUACGCUGCGACAGGGCAUCAUUGUGCUGAGUCGUCAGUGGAAGAACACCUUGUACAAUCCCAUUCUGUUCGAGCAUCAGUACAAGAACAAGCUGGCCAGGCCCAUCAAUGUGACAUUCUCGUUCCCGCAGAAUGAGGAGGAGUGCGAGGCGGAUGAGUGUGAAGGUGAUGUUGAAAUGGGCGCCUAUGCUGGCGUCGGCGAGCAUCCGGAAGAGAGUGAGAAUGCUUUAUUACUUGGGCAAACACAGCAUCAUCGAACUCACAUUGACAACUCCCAAUAUGGAGGCAUGUCCUAUCCCCAUGAAGCAGUUCAUCAAGGUCCCGCAUCGCAGCGUUCGACUUCGACAUCGCCCAAUAUACAUCACACACGUCGUGGUCUGAGCAAAGUGCACAGCAAAGCCUCGAAUUAUUCACAUGGCAAUUCAUCUCGUUCUAGCAUACAAAUGUUGCCCAUCAUCUCGAAUCUGGUGGAGAAGCAGAUGCCUGAGUUUGAAUAUGGCGCAUUACAAGAGGGUUCGUUGAGUUCAACGAACUCGGUGAACAAGUUUUGGCUGGGUGCUGAAAAUCACAAGGAAGACUUGUACUUCUGGAUGGCCAAGCAGCAGGACAACAACAAGAAGAAAGAGCAUUCUGCCGAAAAGGAACACGCUCGUCCUGUGCCACCCAAAAUGCCUGGACAGACGCAUACUCGCAGUGCCAUUAUGCAAGAUUCUAUUAAGCUGCUGGAUGCUCAUUUGAUCUUUGAACCGCUGCUCACAUGCCUCGGCGUAAUGCCACAGCAAAUGAUUAACAAGUUCUCGAAUGCGGACAUCUCGUCGCUGGAGAACUUUGGCACAAAUCUAUCGCUCAUUGGCACCUUUGAUUCGAUACGCGUGGACAUUGUGGUCAGCGAGGCGGGCGAUAAGAAAAACAACACGAAUACGAAGCCUGCCAAGCUGAACAAGAAAUCCAAUGGAGGACGUGCAUCGAUUAUGAUGGAUACGCCACUGUUUCUGUGCGAACGCGUUGGCGUUGAGCUUGAGGUGCUGAAGAUGUCCGAUGGCAUGGUGGAUCAGGCGCGACAGAACGUCAUCUACAUGUCGCGGCGUCAGCUGAAGAAACACACCAGCACUGUGGUCAACUUCAGCCUCAAUGUGCGCUUCAUUUCGCAGCAGGUGAAUAUGCCGCUGCUUCGACUGUUGCAUCAGAUUUGCAACAUGUAUCAGAAUGUGAAGGAUGCGCAGAACGAGUUCCACGAACAGCCAGAACUGAGCAAGAAGAGUCAGACUAAGGACGAGUGCAGUUUGGCUUCAGAGCCAACGGAUUUGCUGCCCUUCUCCUCGGUAGCCGAGCGCUUUGGCCAUGGGGAAAGCUUCUCGGAUGAGCGUUACGACAAGUUCAACGAGACAAUGCCUACGAUGCCCACAACACGUGGACGCGGCAGCGGCUUGGCGCCCAUAAUACAGCUAACGCCUUCGCCAAAUGCCAAGAAUCGACCACAGAGCUUUGCACAGAAGCUACGCUCCACGGGCAAAUCGGUCAAGGGCAAACUGGGCUACACAAAUUUGAAUGAAUCGAGUUCGUCGCCCUUGCGUGACAGUCCCACUCUCUCGCUGCAUGAUCAGAACAUUCUCAAGAUGUCCACCGAGUCGAAGGCAUCCUUGAAUGGCGGCUGUGCUACCAGUGUGAGUGGCGACUACAACAAUACGUUGACCAAAUCGGGCAUGGCGCCAAUGCCCCCGCUGCUGGAGACACCCAACUGCUGGAAGACCAUCUAUCAUCUGCUGGAGUUGUAUGGCACAAUGCCAGAGACAAAGACUGUUGUGCAGCGCAGCUCGUUGAACGAGCACAAGAAACCGGCGUCGACAUUUGGCAAUAAUGAUGACGAUGACAAUUUGACAAUUGCACCGACGCCAUUGCCACAGCAUCGCGAUAUGCAUUUGCUGGAUGGUGUGCCGCAGGAGCGCACGCGACUGAUUGUCUUUGGCGUUGCCAAGAUACACAAGACGCGACUGCUGGCAACGCUCUCCGGAUUGAAGCUGGAGUCGGAGAUUACCACAUUAAACAGCACAGCGACAUGGCGCAAAAAGGCACGUCCUGUGUCGCUAGAAUGCUCGCUCACUGGGCAGGUGGGGCGUGCCAUGAUUGUGCUGCUCGAGGGCGUGGCUCCCAGUCAGCAAACUGUUGUCAAGGUGACUGUGGGCAAGAGUCAAACGCUUUAUUCGAGUCUCUCGAAGCGCGGCAAGGACAAGAACAGCGGGCUGCUUUCCAUUGGCGCUGUCAACAUUGAUAUACCCCAACAUCCGGUGGCAUUGCACGGCAUGAUGACUCGUAGUUCGAAGCAACUGUCUUCUACACUGCAAGAAUUGAGAGUAAAAAGAAAUUCGGGACGUUCCACGCUGCGUUCGCACACAGCCGAGGAACCCGAGUCGCCUUUCCAUGCGCGUAACUCGGGCGGCGCAGGCAGCGGAGUGGGAACAGCGAGUGAGAUGAGAGAGCGCACAGUUUCUGGCGGCGCACAGCAACAGCCGCAAAUGGCAGCGAGAAGAGCAGCGCGUUUGGCGCAAACAAAGCCAGCGACUGCGAAUCAAAAUGGUUUGCUUCAGCCGCUGGUGAUGCAGUUCAAUGUGUUGCUGCAGAGCCUCUCUAUCAAUGCUGCGCUGUUGCCUUCGCUGCAGGCGCAGUAUCGCAUGAAUCACGUCAGCUCCAUGGGGGUGACAGGUCAGCGAGCCAAGUUUGUGAUUGAUUUGCCCACGCAUACGCUGAGCUUCAACACCAAGAUACAGAAUGAAAUGAACCUGCCUUCGGAGGCUUGCAUUGGACUGCCGCCAGUGCAUGUGCUCGCAGAGUAUAUUCCAGACAAUCGACAGGAGCACACAGAGACUAUUGAGGGCAUUGUGUUACGGCAAGGUGGCUAUGUGAAUGCCAGCGCUGAGAUUGGCGAAUUCGAGCGCUGUCUGACCACCGAUCUGCUCAAUCAUUUGGUCUUUGUGCAAAAGGUUUUCAUGCGUGAGAUCAACGAGGUGCUGCAAAAAGUUUACGGCGGCGAGAAGCCUGUCCCACUUUGGACUGAGGAGAGUGGCGACAGCGCAAGUGUGCAGGAGUCGACAUUGAAACGUAUCUUAUUCUCUAUUAACAUAUCGAUGAAACGCAUUCAAUUGACUGCGACCACGCCAUGUUCUUCGGCUGUGCGCUUCGAAACAGGCACACUGGAGUUGCAGCUGUCGAAUCGUGUCAAGAAUUUGGGUGAUUUGAGCAAUCGAAAGCUGUUCUUUAAGGCGCACAUCGAUUUCAAUCUGUCGCUGGGCCAAAUCAUACGCAAUGUGAUCUUUGAUGAGGCCGAGCCGGAGUUCCAGCAAUAUGCCUUUUUCCAUACGACCAUCGGUCUGCGUAAUGCCUUCCAGGAUGAGCUGCUCAACGAAGACAAGGAGCUCAUAUUGCUGACGCUCAAGCGUCCCCUGGUCUACGUACAGCCGAUAGCCGUGGACAAGGCCAUAUUGGUCUGGCUGAACUACAAGAACGCCUACGAAUAUUGGGCGGAGAAGCGUGCCAAUCUUUGCUAUGAUCACACGCCUCACACCACUCAGCAGGUGUUUGAUCGCGUGGCCUUUGGACAGAUUGCCAGCUCUAAUUUAUCGACACUCUUCCUGCAGUUAACUGUGGAGGACAUGGGCAUUUGUUUGCCACUCAAACAGGUCAAUACUGUGUCCUAUGGCUCGCGAUCAUAUCAUCAGGACUUUGAUGCCAAGGGCGCUGUGGUCAUCACGCUGGAGAACACCAUCAUCUCAGCUUGUAAUUCAGGCUCUCUUGUGUCCAAGGGCAAGUUCCAGGGCUUAUGCUUGCGCUUUGCCGAUGACUUCGAAACCAAUCUGGAUGAUUGGAAGCCCAGUUCUGUGGAGCCCAUUAUGAAUGUGUGCGUUGUCUCCGAGGGCACCUUUGAGGUCUGCUCGCGUACGACGGCAGCCAAGAAGGGCGAGAAUGCCAAGUGGCUUUUGAAUGUCAAGUGGCAAAUGGAAGGUGUCGACAUCCAUUUGGAUGUGAACAUUGGCAAACAGUUGUCCUCGCUGGGACACACGCUUACCAUGCUCACGGGCUUCGAGGAGGACGAAACGCAAAUGGAAUCGCCCGAUAGUGAUGAGGGUGAUCAAAGCUGCCGUGAUACGUAUGUGCGACGGCGAGGCGAGUUUGACAAUCUCCCUGCUUUUGUGUUUGACCCAACAAUCGAUUCGAAGAAGCGUUCGUUUAUGAUGGAGAAGGAGAUGGCCGAGCAGCUGAAGAUCAUCAAUGAUCUGCGCACCUUGGGUGCCUCACACAACACGGUGGCGCAUGAGGAGCGUCGUCUGCAGGAGUUGCAGGCGGUGUGCUACAAAUACUUCCGUCGCGACAUGAUCCAGAAGUGGAAGCGACCCUCGCUGCGACGUUCGCUGAAGAACUACAGUCGCUCUCACUCGUACAUUGGAAGUGGAGGCGUUGCUGGCGUCUCUGGGGUGGCAGUUGGCAUGACAGCGCGGGAGCUGCCGCUGGACAAUGGCAGCCAUGGCUACGCAGGACGACGCCUCGACACCAUUGCGUCCAACGAUGAGAUUUCCAGUCUGCAGAGCACACCAGCUUCGUGUCAUUCGCGCAGUGCUUCGCUAAAGACUGGAGUGGGAAGAGUAACCUUCACGGAUGCCAUGCGGCAGACUUCAUUACCAAAUGCAGACACCGACACCGAAACAGCAGACAAUGAACUGGACUGGCGAGCAGCUGGAGGUCAUGGCGAUUGCACGCCCAGUGAAAUCGAUGUGGAUGGCACUUCGGUGGAGAUGCGAAGGAAGCAUGCGCAUGCUCUGAAACAGCAACCGGAGCCAAACAUUGACUUUGAGCUGGAUGUUAAAGUUCUGGUCAAUUCCGGCAAGUGUGUGCUGCACACCAAGGAGAACAACAGCGGCGAGGAGCGUGCGGGCUACACUGGAGCCUCAGGAGCAGCUGCUUCGAGUGUCAAGUCUCACAAGCGAGAGCGCAGCAUUGGCAACGAUUGGGGCAGUCCAACGCCAUCGAGAAGGCAGCGUGACAAAAGCAAGUUGCGUUACAAUGCCAAUGCUCACAAUAAUGCUUUGCUUGCUGAUUUGACUAUCUUCCACAUCCCCGGACUCGAUGUCAAGCUGCACUAUCAAUCGCGCACGCUGCCAGAGCCGCAGGAACUGCAGCACACGCCUUUAACCGGCGGCUCAGCGACUUCGUUUGGACACAUGCGACGCUUGGGCAACAAGCGGGCAACAUUGAGUGCCUGGAUGACUCUGCAGAGCAUUCCUGAGGAGACCAUCAUAUCGCCGCAUAUCCUCGAGUUCCUCGAGCAAACCCUUGAACCGAUUCCAACGCGUCAGGCGAACAACAACAGCGUGCCGGUGACGCCUUCGCAUCAGGCUGCUGUUAAUCUGGACAUUUUGCCAGCCAACUAUGCAACUUACGCCUCGUUCCCAGUGGAUGUCAUAGUUUACUUCCACAUGCAGCCAUCGACGUUCCGAUUUAGCUGUUUGCCUGUUUCGCGUGUCGAGUGCAUGCUGCAACUGCCCAGUCUGGACAUUGUGUUCAGCUCUAAGCGCAGCGGCGAUGAGGAGCAACAACAGCAGCAGCAACACAAUUCACAAUCGCAUGCUGAGCAACCGCUGCCAACUGGCGGACUGAGUGUCACCGGCUGCUUGGCGGACUUUAAUGUGUACAUUUUCCAUCCGUAUGGCGGCAAGAAGACCUCCAAAGAGACACAGUUCUCGCCGCUGAGCGACAGCGAGCGCAAAGAUUCGCUCAGCAUCAAUGUGGAGUUUGUCAAGUUUCACAUUACGCGCUGUCGCAAAGUCUACAUCGAACCUUUGCCUAGUUCAAAGCGUGCGCUAGAUCAAUCGCGUGCUGUCAUACGCUUCUCCACGAUUGUGGACAUUGGCAGCGCCAGCUUCAAGUACGAUAUGCGUCGCUUGACCGAGAUCUUGGCUUUCCCCAAGGCUUGGUAUCGACGUCGCAUUGUGCGGCGUCUCUUCCUCGGUGACUUGAGUGUGCAUCAGCAGCAACAACAGCAGCAGCAGUCGGGCUGUGAGACGCCCACUGGAGUGCCGCCAGCCACGCCCACACCCAGCGAGGGACGCAGCAAGGACAAACUGCGUCUGGACUUUGACAAUCAGCCACAGUCAGCUACGCCGCCAGCGAUGCAACCACUGGGACACUAUGGGGCCGUGCGUAAGCUCAAAUCGUUGGGCAAAUCUUCGAGUGCAGAGUCGUCGGGCACGCCGCCGUCGGAGAAGAAUCAGAUCACCGCCUGGGAGACGCUGGUCAUCUUUGCCGUCAACUUUACCAAGCUGAAUGUGCAGAUGAACAUUGGCAACGUUUGUGGCAAUGUCGUCUGGCUGACCAAAGACUUUCGCUCCGACGGACGACUCUCGAUCGGCAGCACGGGUUACAAGAAUAUGUAUGCUGGCAUUUAUCUGGGUGGCUCGGCGCUGGAUGCCAAGGGUGGCAUUGUGGGCGGCAGCUUCGAGGUGAACAAGAUCAACAAACGCUUCCACAUCAAGGAGGAAGCGGGCAUGGAACCGUAUCACACGUUGGGCCUGAGCUUCAUGGCGCUGGAGUUGCGUCUCGAUUACAUGGGCACCUCGGUGCUGAUGACUCGCAUUAGCACAUUUGCUGCCGCCAUGAAAGAUGAGUGGCGCACAGCUGCUCAAGCUGCUGCAUGUGGAAAGGAUCAGCCACGUGCGCUGAUCUUUAUACACGGCGAUCUGAGCUGGGAUCAGCUGCAGAUCAUGAUAUCCAAGUCGACGACGGCGGAUCUUAUGAAGAUGUACUUCAAACUCGAAGAGUUCUUCACGCAGCAGUUCAAGUCAUCAAAGCGCGUCUUCUCCAGCCUCGAGCCGCGUCUGCAGGAUCGCACUGCGAGCAUCAAGCGGCGACAGCAGCUCAAGAAGAAACCGAACGGAGAGCUGCCAACAGCAGCUGGAACGGGAACUGCAACAACGGGCGCAACAGUGGGCAACAUCUACGGUGUGGACAACACGGAUGCACGGCAUCAUCGGCACUGGCAGAAGCCGCUGGCCCAGGCCAUAGGGUUGGUGGUUCCAUCGCUGGUCACGCGGCUGCCACGCCAUGGCAACGUGCUUGGCGGUACCGUGGAGCUGCGUGGCCAGAACAUCUCGCUGGCCUGCUUCCAUGGCAUCAACUUCAAGUCGAAGGCGUGGGCGUUGUUUAGCUUGAAGUCGCCUUCGAUUAACUUUGCCACCGAGGCACGACAGUUGGAGGACACCAGCGAAGUGCUCGUCACCCAAACAUUGACUUCUUGCUUGGGACAAACAACCGAGGUGCAGCAGCAGCAAAACCAUUCGAUGGCCAUCGUCAGUCGCAUUACGCGCAACAUAAUCUUUCCACCACAGUUCAAGACACUCAACGAGUGGUUCCAUUAUGCUUUUGCCAACAGCGAAAUCGAUGCUGUCGAUCGCUUCCCCAUGCUGGAGUGCGAGCGAGAGAUUGCCUCCAAUUCCAUUGAGCGAACACGUGCUUCGGGCAGCAGCAGCGCCGCCAAAUCGCAGGAGCAUAAUCACAAUCGUGAAGUCAUCUUCGCGCUGCCCAGUCUGCAGCUGCACUUCAAGACGGAGCACAAGCAGGGACCAACAACACCAGAACCAAGUGAAUCAAAGCCCGAAGUUUUGUGCAGUUUCAUCACCGAAUUCGAUGAUCACAUAUUUGUCACAGUGGAUGCGGAUGCCUUCUUCUUUCUGCAUGAUUUGAUCACCUCCUAUGUCACGGAGAAGGAGAAAGUGCUGGGCGCACAGUCGGCACGUGCAGCCUCCCCGAAUCUAUCACAAAAGACGAACCUCAAGCCCUAUUUAACGGACGACCUGAAGGAGAAGAAGAGUGCCUCCAACACGAACCUGACGGUGCAGGGCACACAGAUGAGUGGCAGCAAGAGCAGCCUGGAACCGUUGCAGGGCGGCAGUCACACGAGUUUGGCCAACGCGACGAAUAGUGGGACAACGACGACAACCAUGACGACAGGAACAACAAUAGCAAAUACAUCGACAACAACGACAACAGCAUCAGCGACGACGGCAACGACGCCGUCAACGAGCACAGCAAAUACGACCGCAGGCGAUGUGAAGGAUGGCGGAGCACAGGCGAAAGCAGGAGCAGAUGGAGCCGCGCAGUUGCCCAGCUUUGAUAUCGAAUCAUUUGUGCGAGAUUGGCGGCACUUUGAGUGCCAAACGUGGCAUCUGGAGCCGACAGUGCGACUGCUUUCAUGGGCUGGCAAGUCCAUCGAACCGUAUGGAGUGGAUUACAUACUGAACAAGCUGGGCUUCAGUCAUGCACGCACCACGAUUCCCAAGUGGUUGCAGCGCGGCUUCAUGGAUCCGCUGGACAAGGUGGAGGCGCUCAUUAUGUUGCAACUUCUGCUGAUGGUGCGUGAGAAUAAAUCAGAUCCAGGAAACUCAAAGCAGCAGCAACAGAAUCAUCGACCCUCGGCCAAUUAGGAGAGCAGUGACAAUUGACAAUUCAAAGAGAGAGAUUCGAAGGAUUUGAAUGUGUUUAUUAAUUAGUUGUAAUCAGCAAUUGUAUAGCAAAAGUUUCAAGUGUAAUUUAUUAAUUGCGUAAUUUUUCGAUCCGAUUCAAUUACUUGUGAGAAUGUUUAAUGAUAUAUAGUCAAGAUACUCGUAUUAAUAUAUAAUUAUUAGCCACUUCGGCAGCUUUGUUGUAAUUGUAAUUGUAAUUGUACAUUUUGUAAUUGUUUGCUCGCGUUUGCUAUUUUUUUGGAAACGAAUGAAUGGAUGGAUCGUAUACAAUUUGUUUUUUUGGAUAUUUAAGUGUAAAGUCAAGUGCUUCAUGUAAUUUGCUCAAUUUUUAGCGCUUUGUAAUUAUUAUUAUUAAUAUUAUUAUUAUAUCGUUUGUAAACAAAAAGAGAGAGAUUGUGCAAACCCAUGAGCAAAGCCAAUGUUUAAACUAUAAGUAGCUCUAAUUGAUAUACAAACACACAUUAUACAUAUGCAAGCAGCAAACUGUGUAAGUUUCUAAAUAGAUAAUAAUAAAUAAAGUGAACUUUUCAAAGUGCAUACUUACCAUAAGCAAA